CGGACGUGUGCAGCGUUAGAUUCAUGGUUUAUAUAUAUCAGUAAAUAAAAAGCGCCCACGCCACGAACACGAGGAAGCUUAAUUAGCUUGGUAGCCGGGCACGAGUACGUACGUGUGCUUCCAAUAUGAAGAGGCGGUGGAGCCACCCGUCGUCGGUCUUGCUCCUGCUGCUGCUGGUCGCCGUCUUCCUACUCCUCACGUUGCUGCGAUGUCCCCUGCGCCACGCGCAGCAGGCCUGCGCUGACGACGACGCGGGAAGCUACGCCGUGGACGCCACGCUCGCGGAGCUCGCGGCCGCGGACCCGGCCGCGUCGGCAGUGCUGCGGGCCGCCGAGAGGUUGCUGGAGGGGAACCUGACGAGGGCUCCCCCGGAGCGCCGGGACGCCGCGGUGCGCGGCCUCCGCGAGUGGCUCGGCAGGCAGCGGUUCGAGCCCCAGGUGAUGGCCGAGCUCGUGGACCUCAUCAAGCGCCCCCUCGACCGGUGGCACUACGGCGUCGGCGCCGGGGCGACGGACAGCGACGACGGGCGGCGGCCGUACGCGUCGUGCGCCGUGGUCGGCAACAGCGGCAUCCUGCUGGCGCGGGAGCACGGCGCGCUCAUCGACGGCCACGACCUGGUGAUCCGCCUCAACAACGCGCCCGCGGGCGCGGGCAGGUACGCGCGCCAAGUCGGCGCCAGGACCGGCCUCGCCUUCCUCAACAGCAACGUGCUGAGCCGCUGCACGACCGCCGGCUGCCGGCACUGCCGCGCCUACGGCGACCGCGUGCCCAUCCUCACCUACAUGUGCAACGCCGCGCACUUCGUGGAGCACGCGGUGUGCAGCGCAGGCGCGUCGGCGCCGGUGAUCGUGACGGACCCGCGGCUGGACUCGCUGUGCGCGCGGCUCGCCAAGUACUACUCGCUGCGCCGGUUCGUGCGCGAGACGGGCCGGCCGGCGGAGGAGUGGGGCACGCGGCACGAGGAGGGCAUGUUCCACUACUCGUCGGGGAUGCAGGCCGUGGUGGCUGCGGCGGGCGUGUGCGGCCGGGUGUCCGUCUUCGGCUUCGGCAAGGACCCCGGCGCGCGCCACCACUACCACACGCUGCAGCGGGGCGAGCUGGACCUGCACGACUACGAGGCCGAGUACGAGUUCUACCGGGACCUCGAGGCGCGGCCGGAGGCGAUACCGUUCCUGCGGGACUCCGGCUUCAGGCUGCCGCCGGUCGUGGUCUACCGGUGACUAUUCAUUCAAAUUAAUCAACGGCCGUGUCAGUCAGUGCCGACGUACAUACACAUACGCCAUUGGUUUUUGACAAAUUUUGCUACUCAAUCAAUCAAAACACGUUGUACAAAAGCUAACAUGGAACCCAAAGCAACAAUACAAACUACAAGGUUUGUAAUAUCCAAACAAGCAACAACAUUAAACCAAAAUUUUCAAAAAAAACAUUUAUUCAAUACUCAAAUGGUUUUUGCAUCCAAAUUCCAAACAUGACCUUAUAUUUUCUUUCACAAGGUUAAAAGAACAUGGGUAUUCUUUCUUGGUAUUGGGCCAAAGUGUUGUCAGUUCUUACCGACUUAUUUUCUCUCUAUCGGUCUAUCCGUUUGAAUUGGACGUUCUAGCCCAUUUAUCUUGUCCACGAAUUUUGUCGUCCUCAUAGCUGUCCGCUCUCUACUAGCCCAUCAGCCAACCUAGCAUUUUGCGGUUGUAACUGUUGUGAUCUAUUGCAGUGCUCAGUGACAAAUGGAGAAAGCAACAGAGAGAGACAAA